CUUUGCAGUGAUGCCCUCCUGAUCUCCUGGACUCCUCACCGAAUCUUCACCUCUCAGGGUCAGCAGAGAUGGAGGUCAGCCGCAGAUGAUGCAGCCCAGUCAUCAGGAGGGACCAUCGACCUGACAACCGGACCAGGAGGUUCAACACCUGGGUCAUGAUCGAGUGGCCCAAUGUGACGGAGUGGGGCCACCGGGAUCUGGACCUGGAACCAGAGGAGCUGCAGAGGUCCCCGUGUGUCUUGGGCUUCAUCCCUGUCAUCUAUUACAGCAUACUGCUCUGUGUGGGGGUCCCAGUGAACAUUCUCACGGCCGUGGCGCUGACCCGACUGGCAUGUCGCACCAAAAGAGCUCUUUACUGCUACUUGCUGGCAGUGACAUGCUCCGAUAUCCUCUCGCAGCUCUUCAUUAUCUUCGUUGGUUUCCUGCUGGAGACUGCGGUUUUCCACCGUGAGGUCCCUGAGUUGCUGCUGCACUCUGUUAGUGCCGCCGAGUUCGCAGCCAACCACGCUUCCAUCUGGUCCACCGUGCCACUGACCGUAGACCGCUAUGUGGCCCUGUGUCACCCGUUGCUACACAGACAGAUCAGCUAUCCAGCUCGUGCCCGGAAGAUCAUUGCAGCCGUCCUCGUGCUGUCGCUGGUUUCCGGCAUUCCAUUUUUCUGGUGGUCGGACGUGUGGCGGAACAGCCGCCCCCCUACGGCGCUGGAUGCCACCCUCAUCUGGACCCACGUUACGAUCAUCUACUUCCUGCCCUGCAGCAUCUUCCUGGUUCUGAACUCACUGAUCAUCCACCAUCUGAGGGUGAGACAGCACCAGCGUCCAGGCCAGGGAGAGCACAAGUCUACCCCACCCCGUCACCUUGGGAAGACCACCGCCAUGCUUCUUGCGAUCACCUCUGUUUUUGCGAUUCUGUGGGCACCGAGGACCAUGGUGGUCAUCUACCAUCUGUACGUGUCUUCAGUACACCGGGACUGGAGAGUCCACUUAGCCUUUGACCUGUCCAACAUGCUAGCGAUGCUCAACACCGCGGUGAACUUCUUUCUCUACUGUUUUGUCAGUAAACCGUUCCGUGUCACCGUGCGGGACGUUCUGCUGCUUCGGGGCGGUCCAAGGUUUCCUCACCGCACCAUGGCACAGCCAGCACCAGCUGCAAACGCCUCUGUCUCCUCUUUAUACAGCGUCAACAACAAAGGCUGGCGCCGAGACUCUGUUGCGCUCACGCCGUUGAAUGACCGGAAAUCUUUGUGA